CAUGCAGCCAUCCUGAAGAAGGUGAUUCAGUGGUGCACCCACCAUAAAGACGACCCUCCUCCCCCUGAAGACGAUGAGAAUAAAGAGAAAAGAACGGAUGACAUCCCCGUGUGGGACCAGGAGUUCCUCAAAGUAGACCAGGGCACCCUCUUCGAACUCAUUCUGGCUGCAAAUUACUUGGACAUCAAAGGCUUGCUAGAUGUUACUUGCAAGACGGUUGCUAACAUGAUCAAAGGCAAAACCCCAGAGGAGAUCAGAAAGACUUUCAAUAUCAAAAAUGAUUUUACAGAGGAAGAGGAAGCCCAGGUAAAACAAGUGCUCAUUUCCUGUCUCCUCCGUCACGCAUGGUCUUAAUGUGCUGUUGAUACU